CCGAGAAAAGUUUGUCGGAAACUGAAUUAGAGAUCUAAGGAGUAUUUGCGGCUUAAGAGAGUCCUUGUUCACUCGAAUUUGCUGCCGCAUUUUAUCGAACAAGUGGUGUGCGGCGUUAUUGUUCUUCAAUAGCAAAAAAAGGCGAUCACACUCAAAGCAGCUUGGUUCUUGUUCUUUCUUUGCAGGUGCCAUUGAAGGGAAAGCAUUUCGCAUUUCAUCAUGGUUUGGUGCUAAUGUAGUUGAGUUCAUCAUCAACCUCGCUGAAGUUUCAAUAGCUUUUGUUCAAGAGAACAAAAUCCCUGCUUAAUUCUUUCUGCAGAUUUGAUCAUGCUUUCCAAACUGUUCUGCGCAUAUAAAAGCAAUUGUCAGCUUCACAAAUGUUUCUAGCACCCAAAGACAGAAGAUCUGGGGGUAUCUUGCUUUUCGUGGGAGGAGUUCUCUCAGUUGUAAUUUCAGAGAUAAGAACAGACAUUUGUUGCAAAACAGAGAUCUGAACAAUUAUGCUAUUGCAAGACUACUGGAAAGUUAUCAUCCCAAACAGUGGAGCGACUGCAAAGUGAUAUAUACUGAUGCACAACUGGAGAAUGAAAAGCUGUAAUUAGUACAAAUGCAGCAAUGUUGGUAAAGGACCAAUGUGACGAAUACACAGUUUGAUCUAGUGCACUAGUCAACCAAAGAAGAGAUGGGGGAGGAUUUGGUCAUAUAAAAGUGUCAGUAAAACAUAGAUUUGUCAGGUGUUUGGAGCAAUGUGAUCCAUAGCCAUGAGGGCUUGCUCUCUACGGGCGUCCAUCCUUCUCUGGUUGCGAUUUGCUUCUCCCAUCUUUGGUGGUUCUGCUUCCCUUUUUGAGUUUGAGUUGUAUUUUUGGCUUAUGAUUUUCGUGGGCUACAUGGUAGUCAACACCCCGGAGAUGAUUGAGAGGGCACACCUUGGUGAUCUGGGCUAGACUCUAGGGUAGAACAUAUACUUGAAAUGUUAGAUGUUGGCGGAAGUGAUGUACGCAUGGUAGGAAUAUGGGGAAUUGGCGGAAUAGGGAAGACAACAAUUGCUAAAGCUGUUCACAAUACAAUUACCCAUAAGUUUGAUGGUAGCUACUUUUUGGCAAAUGUUAGAGAAGGUUCAGAGCAACAUGGUGGUUUAGUCAACCUACAAAAUAUUCUUUUGUCUAAGAUUGUGGGGCAGAAAGAAUUGAAAAUAUACAACAUUCAUGAAGGAAUCACUUUGUUGCGUGAAAGGUUGAGAAAUAAAAGGAUUCUCUUAAUUGUUGACGAUGUGGAUAAUAUGGACCAGUUAGAGAAAUUAGCUGGGAGAACUGAUUGGUUUGGUCACGGCAGCAGAGUUAUCAUAACAACAAGAGAUAGGCAUUUGUUGAUUGCUCAUCAUGUGAAAUCAAUAUACAAGGUUCAUGAACUAGGUCAUCAUGAAGCUCUUGAGCUCUUCGGUUCAAAUGCCUUCAACGAUAAUAAGAAUUUGGAUGAUAAUGAGAAACUGUUGGUCACUACUGUUGUUAAAUAUGCUCAAGGCAUUCCGCUUGCACUGGAAGUUUUAGGUUCAUAUCUAUGUGAUACCUCUAUACAUAAAUGGCAAGCUAUGUUAGAUGGUUUUAAAAAAAAUCCUCCUAGGUGCAUUCAAGAUAUUCUCAUAAUCAGUUAUGAUGGAUUGCAAGAUACAGUGCAAAAAGUUUUCCUUGACAUUGCAUGUUUUUUCAAAGGUUGGAAGAGAAAUGAAAUGAUACAAAUACUUGAAGGUUGUUACCGCAUCAACCCCGAGCAUAGUAUUAAAGUUCUCGAAGAAAAGGCUCUCAUAUAUGUUGAUGUAUAUGGUCAAAUUUGCAUGCAUGAUUUGUUGGAAGAGAUGGGGAAAGAUAAAGUUUUGCAAGAGUCUACAGAGCCCAGUAAGCGAAGCAGACUGUGGCAUCACAAGGAUGUGCAAGACGUUCUAACAGAAAACAUGGGAACAUGUAAAAUUGAAGGCAUGAUGGUAAAGAUGCCCAAAGAAGAUGAGAUACGCUUGAGUCCUAAAUGCUUCAAGAAGAUGAGAAAUCUUAAAAUUUUUAUAAACGUCAAUGGACGGUUUUGUGGAAAGGUUGAUUAUUAUCCAAAUCAGUUGCGGUUACUUGAUUGGCCUAACUGUCCACUGAAAUCUUUGCCCUCCAAUUUUAAUACGAAGAAUCUAGUUCGACUUAGUAUGCCUUGCAGCCGCAUCUCACGUUUUGGAGAAGGAUUCAAGAGUAUGGAAAAUCCGAAAUCCUUAAAAUUGAAGGGAUGUGAAUUCCUAGCACGAAGCCCAGACCUGUCUGGAAGCCCAAACUUAGAGUUUCUGGAUCUAAGUUUCUGUACAAGUUUAAAGAAGAUUCACCCUUCGGUUGGAUCCCUCAAAAAGCUUGUUGGACUGGAUCUUGAAGGAUGCUCUAAACUUCGGAUGCUACCUGGCGAAGUCAACUGGAGAUCCCUCCAAACCAUUAAUCUUAACUAUUGCAGAAUGCUGGAGAGUUUUCCUGAAAUUGUGGGAGAGAUGAAAUACAUGACAUCCUUGCGUCUAUUCAGCACUGGCAUCAAAGCAUUGCCUUCAUCCAUUGGAUAUCUAAUUAACCUUGAAGAGUUGGAGUUACAUGAUUGUGGAAACCUCACAGAUCUACCUUGCAGCAUCUAUGAAUUGCAAAAUUUGGAGGAUGUUGUUUUGAACGACUGCCCAAAACUCGUAAGAUUCCCAAAUAAGGGGGACUCUGAAGUGCUUCCAACUUACGCAAAGAUUGAAAAUGACAGUUUUUACGGAUCCAGUUAUAUGGAGCCGAACGGUCCAUUCACCGGGAGACCUUUCCUUAUAUGGGGUUUUUCCUCCCAUUUUCAUUUUACAAUCAUCCAUUACAAUGCUCGUAGUAUGCUAUCUCACCGGGAGAGAUAGUAGAGCUCUCCAUCCCAAGGAUUUGUUGAUUUUGCCAAGAAAACAUGUGAGGACGUCAUUCUGCAUGAAGCUGGUGAGACCAAUUGGUUGCUUUCUAUUUGGUGAUGUUAGUGGUAACUGAUGAGGGGUUCAAACUGCAUCUUCCACAUAUCUUAAUUUUAUCAGAUUGAUUAAAGUUGGGGGUUGUACCGUAACCCUCCACUAGGGGAAAUUUAUAUUUUCAUAUUGGCAGAAGUUGGAUCCCAUAUUAUAUCAAAUUAUGCUGAAAUCUUUGUGGUUGGCCAUCAAAUUACAGAUUUUCUACCAACUAAUUAAACUAAGGGUACUAAUACAAUUUUGAGUAAAUUCAUCCUGUGAAAGGUGUUUAUUUGCAGAUUUAUUUUAUAGUUUAUAUUUUUAUCAAAGUAACUUUGUUGAAGUAUUACCAAUACAUGGCUAACGUUUAUAUGGCAGCAAGUUGGCAAAUCUGCAGAAGGGCCUAACAAAAGCAAAAGCGGCACCUCUCUUGGACAAGCUUGUUUUUGACAAG